UGUCCUUCAGACUACUUAUUUUCCAAAAACUCGCUUUGGUCCUUUAGUUGGGUUAGAAUUUUUUUUUUAUUGGCCAAGUGUGAUUGGACACACAAGGAAUUUAUCUUGGUGCAUAGGCUCUCGGUUUAGAUAAAAGAAAAGAUACCUUCAUAAAGAUUGAAUCCCAGAAACAAAACAGAAAAGUGAUGGUGCAGAUUGUUUGUUUCUUUAACCUUUCCUAAAUGAAUUAUCUUCAUCCUUACUGGUAAAAAAGCUGAUAUGAAAUUGAAGUUCUUUGCUGGAGAAUCGCCUUUUGUGGAAGGACUGCAGAACAGAAACCUGAAAUCAUCUUUUCGUGGAUGAAGAUUAUGUAGGAUGAGGGGUAAAAUAACAAUAGAGGUUAAAAGUUAAAUCCAUGCAAACAACGGCUCCCUAGGUGGGCUGAGUGGCUAAAACACUCAGCUUGUCAAUCAGAAGGGUCGGCAGUUCGAAUUCCUCGUAUAGGUCUUCUGCGUGAGCAGAGGGUUGGACUAGAUGAUCUCCAAGGUCCCUUCCAACUCUGUUACUGUAACUAUUUGGCGGCUGGGACUGUUUAUUCCUCUGUCAGUUCUGAAGGCUUUCAACAUUUCUUGCUGAAAUUCCCUAUAUGGAUGUUUACCAUGAUCUGAUGAGGGAGCUUCAAGGCCAGGAUGCCACUAAGGAAUUGUAGAGAUACACGUUGCCAAGAGGUGGUUUGCUUUGCAGUAUUGUGCAGAAUUGUUACACUUCUGCUUCAGGCCCUUUUCAAUCUCCUGAUUCCUGAUCAUGCCGCGGAUGCCUUCUCUCCCCCACGCCUCUCUGACCCCGGGUUCUUGGACCAGUUGCUGGAAUGGCUCCUGGGAGGCCUCUCCCGUUGGGAUGCAGAGCACUUCUUGUUCAUAGCCGAGCAUGGUUACGUAUACGAGCACAACUGCGCCUUCUUCCCCCUUUUCCCCCUGACCCUAAAAGCAGUCGCAGACAUCAUCUUCCGGCCGUUCCGAGGUUUUCUCUGUUUCCGGAGCUGCCUGCUUCUGUCUGCAGCUCUCCUCAAUGCUCUUUUUUCUGUUUUAGCCUCUUGGACUCUGUACGAGCUCAGCUGUGCAGUCCUCCAGUGCCGGAGGAGGGCUUUCCUGUCGGCCAUUCUCUUCUGCCUCACUCCAGCUAAUGUCUUCAUGGCAGCUGCUUACUCCGAAAGCAUGUUUGCCUUCCUGGUGUUUGCUGCCUUGUGGAGGCUAGAGAAAGGGCGUCGGUGGGUUAGCCUCCUCCUCUUUUCGUUAGCCACCGGGGUACGUUCCAAUGGGCUAAUCAAUGCAGGAUUUCUCAUUUACUCCCAGACAAAACUCUUUGCUUUCGGGUUUCAAGCAAGCGGAAAUGCGUUGCGGAAGAAAGGCACGUUUCUAAAACUGGUGGCUGCUUUGGGGCUGAUGUCUGCCUCUGUGGCUCUACCUUUUGCUUUGUUUCAGUACUACGCCUACCUUAAGUUCUGCCAUCCCAGUAUUGGCCUGGGAUACCCUAUUCCAAAGCCGCUGUUGCAGUUGGCCGAAUCCAAGGGCUAUCGUCUGGCAGCUGCAGAGGGUGGGAUGCCCCCAUGGUGCUCCUGGAACCUACCUGUGCUCUACACCUACAUACAAGAUACCUACUGGAAUGUCGGCUUCCUCCGAUACUUUGAACUCAAACAGAUCCCAAACUUUCUGCUAGCUUCUCCCGUUAUUGUGUUGGGCUCUUGGGCAAUCUGGUGGUAUGUCACUGCCAACCCCUGGCACUGCCUGACACUUGGUCUGGUGAGAAGGAAGAGCGCAGGCACACAAGACCAGGACUCAUACAAGCCAGCAGGAGGUUUUGGUUCUCCUGAUUUAUUGGUCUACGUGGUUCAUGCAGCAGCUCUGUUGGUGUUUGGGACCUUUUUCAUGCAUGUCCAGGUACUUACCAGAUUUCUGGGCUCUUCUUCUCCAGUCCUUUAUUGGUUCUGUGCUCAUCUGCUCUAUGACAAGGAGCCUUUGCUACAGGAUGGAAGGUCCCCAUCCCAGCACAGAGAAUCCCUUGCUGAGAAACCCUCGGUGGCUAAUUUCUUUUCUACCUGCAGUGGACAUGAAAACCCCGUAUUGAUGCUUCUGAGCAAAUGGAAGCAGAACAGGAUUCUCACAAAAUGUAUUUUGGGAUAUGUACUUUCGUACUGGCUGCUGGGGUUGGUCCUUCACUGUAAUUUCUUUCCUUGGACGUAACCAUUUUGAAUCUAUAUAAAUAUACUGGCUGUACAGGCCGAAAAUCUU